CUGGAGCAGCUCCGGCGCCUUCCGCGGGGUUUGACUCCUGUGGCUUCCCGUCUCCGGAGCCGGCCUCGCCGUGGGUGCUGGGAGCCGGGCGGGGCGCGGACGCAGAUGAAAAGAAGCGAAGAGUCAACAUCCAGACAAACCAGCGAAGAAGAAAUAGGUACGCUUUGUUGUUGGAAAUGUAGAAAAUGUAUUGCAAGUUCCAGCUGCUUCAUGAAUUGCCUCGAGGAUCAAGUGAUUGAGGACAGACAUGAAUCAAUUGAUGCUCAAAACACUUGUGGUCUAUGGCACAUGAAUAUAGACGCCCUUCCAGAGUGGAUAAGCUGCCUAAUACAACAAGCCCAGUGGACAGUUGGGAAACUGAAUUGUCCUUUCUGUGGGGCCCGAUUAGGGGGCUUUAAUUUUGUCAGCACUCCAACAUGUUCCUGUGGCCAGCUUGCAGCUGUACAUCUCUGCAAGAGCCGGACUGAUCACCAACCAGCGCGGGCAGGCAACCUAAUGAGGCCAGAGCUGAAAUACUUGUCACAUCCCGGAGUCUGGUCAGGUUGUGAUAAGGAGGCUCUGGUGACAGGUGGUGGCUCCAAAAUCAGAAACCACGGGCUUUUGAACAUGGCCCGAAACAAUAACAGCCUCGGAAGACUAACAGAAGCUCUCUGCCUGGAGGUGCGAGCCACAUAUUUUGAGACUAAGAAUGAGAAACUGCUCUUCAAAGCUUGGGAUCCAAAAUACCAGCCUUUUGUCCCUGGGCUUGUGACCGGCAGGUGCACUUCCAGAGCGUCACAUAGAAAGUCAUACAGUUUGGACCUGAACAUCAAUGAGACACUGCCUUUAUUACCCACUUUCUAUGAAAUCCAUAGUAAGACUGCUGCCUAUCCCCAGCUAAACGAAACCCAGCCCGUUGACCUCUCGGGCUUGGCUUCGCCGUGUGGGAAAAGUGGCUGCUCCCUUCAAAACCCACCCAGUUUUGAUCCGAAUAUGCUGCUGCACAGACUUUCUGUGUCUCCCCAUGAGACCCAGGCACAAAGAGGAAGAGAAUUUCAGUGUGGCCUAGAAGCUUCUUCCCUGUAUGCAGACCACGCUAAUGCUAACAGCCUGACAUUCCUGAUGGAUCUGCCCUCAGCAGGGAGGGGCGUGCUGGACAGCUCUGACCAAGAAGAACACCUCUCUCCUCUGGACUUUCUGCACUCUGCCAGUUUCCCCUUGAGCACCAUUAACCACAGGCUGAAUAGCAGAGAGAGGAGCAAGUUAAGGACUCUACGAAGGCAACGGAGGAGGCAUGAAAGAUGGCUACAGAAGCAGGGUAAAUGCUCAGGAGUGGGGUUGCUGGAGCAUAUGAGUUUGAGUAAUGAGAUGAGUACAGAUGAUGAGAAUGAAUCCACAGAAGAAAAGGACAGCUACAUCUGUGCAGUGUGCCUGGAUGUGUACUUCAACCCUUACAUGUGCUAUCCUUGCCAUCACAUCUUCUGUGAGCCCUGCCUACGGACUCUGGCCAAAGACAGCCCUGCAAGCACUCCCUGCCCGCUCUGCCGGACCAUCAUUUCCAGAGUCUUUUUCCAGACAGAACUGAACAACGCCACAAAGACCUUCUUUACCAAGGAAUAUUUGAAAAUCAAACAAAGCUUUCAGAAAUCCAGCUCCGCCAAGUGGCCCUUGCCAAGCUGCAGAAAAGGGUUCCAUCUCUUUGGAGGAUUCCACAGACAUGCAGCUCCAAUGACACGAAGGCAGUUCCCACACGGUGCACACAGGAUGGACUACCUGCACUUUGAGGAUGACAGCCGUGGGUGGUGGUUUGACAUGGAUAUGGUGAUCAUCUAUAUUUAUUCAGUGAACUGGGUCAUUGGAUUCAUUGUUUUCUGCUUUCUUUGCUAUUUUUUCUUUCCGUUUUAGGAAUCAUCAUACUCAGCUAUAAUUGAACAGUCUUAAAUACAAACAACAAUGGCUUAAACAUUUUGAGAGUGUGCUUUUUAGUUUUUAUAAUGUUGCAUUAUAAAAAUUGUUAGUGUUUAUAGAAAUUCUGAGGAUAACGGAUUUAUUAAUGUCUUUCAUGUAACAACCUAAAUUUUAUUUGAGAGCUGAUGUACCAGUCAUUAGGAACAGUGAACUAUUAAUUCCAUAGACUCUACUUUAGGACUUGGGUUCUAAUUUUACAGUAUCACUUUUAUACUUACUAUGAUUGUAAAAACUGAGGUUUUACCUCCAAUUAAAAACAGUAAAAAUAUUAAAUGAAUAAUCUGGAUGGAUAGCAUCAUUAUUACUAAGAUGUUUAGUCAAGUACUGCAUAUUCUUAGGCAAAUGAUGUGUAUUAAAUAUAAACCAUAUUCUCUGGGAACUAAUCAAGCAGGGUAUAUUGCAUUUCGAUAUCUGAAUAUCUCUACUCUGUCUCCUUCUAGUACCAAAAAAAUCUGACUCUCCUUUUUGUAGACGUCAUAGCUUUGGUGCAACAUUUUUAACUAUGAUAAGAACACAAUGUUCCAUGCAAUCAGACUAACACCAGAUAGCUAUGUUAGAGAGCCAUAUGAACACUUCCAAUUUCAGAAUGAAUCACUGAGAAACAAUGACAAAUCUGACCUUUAGUGACCUAAAUGACCAGUGCAUGUCCAGGCUAUAAUUAAUCUGGUGAUUUAUUUAACUAGAAGAUUGUCAGUGUGCAAUAAAGAGUGGCUUUUACAUUUUUA